AGAAGCUUCCCAACAAUGCAAUAUCCAGUUACAGUACAGGCAACGCAUCCAAGUAACAGUCUCGUUCGACUCAAAGCCCCAACUUUCCCACUUUGUCUCACAGAUCUCGCGGAAGCCUAAAUUCCUCAUCAACCUAAUAGAUAUGAGCAUGACUAAUAAGAGAUCUGGAAGGCCAUCCCGACAGGGAUCUUCCGACGAUGCUACCCAGCCACUAUUGCCAGCGCCUGUCACCUCAGUGACUUCCGUUCCAGCAAAUCCGCAGCCCGCAUCAAUAACAACAACCCAAGCAAAGGCCGGGAAGGCCGAUGCUAGGAUGCCCAAGCGCACCACCAAAACUUCCCAAAAGCUCACCCUCUUCCCUGCCGAUGUACCUACUGUACACGAACCGACAAUCGAUCUCGAUGAGCAACUAGAUAACAUACCACAACUCCCACACGUCACCGCCAAGACACAAAAAGAACGAUGGUUGAGCAGACUGGAGAAGAAGUGGUUACCGAGAGUCACCGCAUACUGUACCGCAAAUUCCUAUAAGAUGGACGCGUUGAUGGAUUACCUGAAAAGUCGAGCCAAUCGAAAUCGGACCGCUCCCAAGAAGUUUGAUGAAGCAAUUCACACCCCAUACAUGGUGUUUGCGCCCAACGGCCAUCCGCAUGUAAGCAGCGAACCUACUCCCGAUUUGAUCAACUUAUCUACAGAGGAUAUUGCGGGUGAAAUCCAAAGUCCUCGACACGAAGCAGCAAUUGACAACAUCGACUCCUUUUUUGAGCAAAAUAUUGACGCAUCCGGGAGGACGAUACCGAGCAAUAUACCAUAUGAUAAUCUAGCGAAACGAAUAGCUCCAAUUGGAGAGUGCUUGUUUUUUGCAUAUGGAGUAGUCGUCAUGUGGGGUCUAUCGGAGGCUGAAGAGCAGGUUGUGUUGAAAGAGUUGGAACCUUUUGAGGAGGAAAAAUUAGGGGAGGAUGACAUUGAGAUUGAAGAAUUUGUGUUCCAUUACAACGCGUACUACCAACCGCGAAUCUACAAUGAUAUCAUCACUUUGAAGAAUCCCGCAAAUUAUAUGAUCAAAUUGACUAUUUCCCAUGCCAUCGCUCAAUCCGUAAAACUGGCGCUCUUUGAAGGAUUGAUCGAGGAGACUAUUGAGAGCACAAAACAUGUUCCUCAAAUCCUUGCAGAGACGGGCAAAAUCCGAAUGUCAAGGAAAUCGGUGAACAAGAAGAUUGGACAGUUGUUCAUCAUGCGGAUCAAUGUGAAUCUUGUGUCCAAUGUGCUAGAUAUUCCCGAAAUUUUCUGGAGUGAACCCGCGCUAGAACCAUUGUAUAUGGCUAUUCGGGGGUAUCUUGAAAUUUCACAACGAGUUGACCUUCUUAAUCAACGAGUUUCUGUAAUAUCCGAUCUCUUGGAUAUGUUGAAAGAACAUCAAACAAGUUCACAUGGGGAACAGCUCGAAUGGAUCGUUAUCAUCCUGAUUGCAUUCGAGAUCAUCAUUGGUAUAGUCACAAUAUCGUUUGAUUUGUCGUCGUAUCUAAAUCAUGGGGAGAGAGCGGCGUUAAGGUCAUCGAUAAAUCCUCUCACUAUGCCUUCGCUGGAUUGAGGGGGACUUGUUAAUAGCAUGAAGACUCAUUGAAAUGUCCGACUCAUGUUUUGGAGUAAUAGGUCCAGCUGGCAGAUAAUCCAGAAGAAGUCUUUCUUGGUCCUCUCAGGGUUUUCUGAUAAGGCCAUCUGAGAAUUAUAGUCUAUUUUAAGCAUCAGGAAGCUCCUGAGCAAAAUGCGCUCGUAUGCGCGUUACAUGUCGAGGAAGGAUGUUAUGUACAGGAUGCGUUGCAGGCUGCAAAAAGAUUGUACAUUAGGAGAUGCUUUAUGGAAGACUGACUGGGCAAGACGCACCAACAAAUUUUGCC